AUGCCGAUGAAUAUUGAGGAUGCGGACAUUGUGAACGCCGAACGAGACGCUGAACCACAGCGCUAUCACGACUACGACCCAAACAAUACGCUGGAAUCCCAAUGGACGAGACUUCACGCCGAGGAAACGAAUCGCACCCACAGUAACGCAGGUGCACGGCAACAUACCGAGGGGAGACCUGAGGGAGUGGAAGAGGUGGAAAGUCAAUCUUCGCUUUCUGACGAUGAAGGAGACGCGGCUUCACGGCGGCAUAGGCCCAGGUUCGGCAGUCGAACGUCGACGAAGAUCGAGGAAGAAUUCAUGCACUAUUUGGAGAGGCAUCCGACGGCUGUAAAACGGAUACAGGUAACGAAGACAGUCAGCGGGUGAGGGAUUUGCAAAAACUGAUGGAAAGAAUACAGGACCACCGACUCCAGCAUAUGCGAACUGUCGGUAGUUCGAGACCGACGGCUCUCGAUGGCGUAGAACUUCCCUUCUUUGGUGGCAGCAAACCUUACCCGCCUCCACUCCCGGACAAAGAGGAAUAUGUCGUUGAAUUCGAGGGCCAUGAGGAUCCCCGUCAUGCGCAGAAUUGGCCUCUUAAGAAGAAACUCAUCAUAUCCGUCGUCAUGAUCUUCGACUCGCUCUCGGCGACCUUCGCGUCUUCAAUCUUUUCGCCGGCACAGACUUACGUUCGUCCCGCGAUUCCACAUACGCAUUGAGACAAGAGCGUGCAGCUGACUUUGAGCAUAGGUUGGGAAUGAGUUCCACAUCGGACGAGAGGUUACUACCCUUACGACCUCCCUCUUCGUCCUUGGCUAUGCUUGUGGGCCCGUAGUGUUCGCACCCAUCUCCGAGUUGUACGGUCGAAGACUGCCCGUCAUCAUCGCCGCAUUCGCCUUCGGCAUCUUCAACAUCGCCGUCGCCGUCGCCAAGGACACGCAAACUCUCAUGAUCUGUCGCUUCUUCGCAGGUUUCUUCGGAUCCGCACCAUUGGCACUCGUCGGGGCCAUCUUCGCAGACGUACUAUCACCUCCCUACCCUCCCUUUUCGAUGUCACGAAGUCUCCGCUGACCCUUCUUCUUCUCCACCCCAGAUGUACAACAACAAAUAUCGCGGCCUAGCCGUCUCCCUCUUCGGCGCCAUGAUCAUCAACGGCCCGCUCAUGGCCCCCUUCAUCGGCGGCUUCAUCGCCAAAUCCUACCUCGGCUGGCGCUGGACCGCCUACAUCCCCGCCUUCAUGGGCUUCGCCUCCGGCACCCUCGCCCUCUUCCUGCAAGACGAGACCUACGGCCCCGUCGUCCUCGUCGCCAAGGCCUCCGAACUGCGCCGCCUGACGCGCAACUGGGGCAUCCACGCCAAGCAGGAAGAAGUCGAAGUCGACCUGCAAGAGCUCGCCGUCAAGAACAUUGCCCGCCCCGUCAAGAUCCUCCUCACCGAGCCCAUCGUCCUCCUCGUCACCGUCUACAUGUCCUUCCUCUACGGCAUCCUCUACCUCUCCCUCACGGCCUACGGCCUCGUCUUCGGCCAGAUCUACGGCUUCGCCCCGGGCGUCUCGGGCCUGCCCUACUUCGGCAUGAUCGUCGGCGUCUUCAUCGCCCUCGCCUUCCUCGUCUGGGACAACCCGCGGUAUGCCAAGAAACUGGAGGCCAAUGACAACAUCCCCGUCCCCGAGUGGAGGAUGCCCAUCACCAUGGCCGGAGGCAUUUCUUUCACCAUCGGUACGCUUUCUCCAACAACCAAACAUCGUCCGAGAAAAAUCUCUAGAAAAUUAGAUCAAGAUUGCUGACUUUCUCCCCCCUCUUUCCCGCUCCGUUUUAGGCCUCUUCUGGUUCGGCUGGACGGGCUACACAAGCAGUAUCCCCUGGAUCGUGCCCACCCUCGCGGGUCUCUGUCUUGGGUUUGGAAUCUAUGCCAUUUUCAUGGGUUGUCUGAAUUAUAUCAUUGAUUCGUGUAAGACCAAACUCCAUUUUUUCCCCAAACCCCCCCAACUCCUCGAAAUCAUAAAACUAUAGCUAGCUAACGACCUUUCGGGGGCACAGACCUCAUGUUCUCCGCCUCAGCCAUUGCCGCCAACACCAUCAUGAGAUCCCUCUUCGGAGCCGUCUUUCCACUGUUUGCGUAUUACAUGUUUGAGGGCAUUGGGAUUAACUGGGGAAUGACGUUGUUGGGUGAGUUUUCCACAUGUUUCAAAGUCCAAAAGGCUCUGGCUUUCAUUUCACAUGCUACCUACCCUUUUGCGGAGACGAUUGCUGAUGGAUUGCUUUGCUUAAUAGGUUGCGUUUCGGCGCUCUUCAUUCCCAUGCCAUUCAUCUUCUACUACAAGGGCAAGACGAUCCGCGCCAGAUCCAAGUUCGCACCGGCGCCGGACAUUCAGCAGGAGAAGAAAGGUGACGAGGAAUCGGGAGAUGACAAUAGUGGUGGCAACGGCAAAGAGACCAAGUCAGAGUAG